GCCAAAAGGGCCCAGAGGGUGCUAGCAGAAACACAGAAAUACAGCUGAAAGGAUCAAAAUUUAAGACAUUCAGAGACGUGUACAAGUACGUCCAACUCAUCUCAUACAAUCCAUACAAAUCUUGCUUUUUCUUUCGAUAGUUCCUUGACGAAAAACUUCGCUGAGGCUCUAUCGUAACAACUUAAAACUGGUUUUCCUUAGCUUCAAGUUAGUUCGUCUCCUUCCAAGAACAGCUUUACGGCCCCAUAAUUUCCUCCCUCUCAGCCGCAGGUUACAGGGACUACAAUUUACGUCUUUACGAAACUUGUGUUUUUCUAAAAUGGACGACAAAACCUACGAAGCAUUCCUAGAGGCUGCAAACGAGCCAAGAAAUACGCAUCCACAGCCUAAAGCAGCGCUGCCUUCGAAAUUGAUGCAAAGUGCCAACUUUCCCUCCAAAGAACUGCACACCAAAUUGAGUAAAGCCGUGGAGGGAAUCACUUACACAAGUGAAUCUGACGAAGACUUUCAUCCAAUUUUUCUGACUACACUUCCCAAGGCCUUGGUUGAAAUUCCUCGGGAUCAGUUUGAUGCCGCGAACAACUAUGAGGCCGUCGUAGAAGCCGUCAAGCAAGCUGCUCGCACAGCUGAAAUUCACUUUUAUGAGGCAGUGGACACAAACACAAAGACCAUAUACUACGUUCUCGCCAAGGUGAACGAUGGCUGGGUCGGCUUCUCAACUAUGGGUGUCUUUACAUGAGCCGUGGUAUGACAGCAAAACACGAGAACAGCAUGACGGAUCGCUUUCUCUUCUCACUAAGACAGACACGUUUCACAAACGUGUAAAUAGCAGUUCAAGAAUAGCUAGUUCACGCUUUUUCGCAUUCACAAAUACAUUUCCAUAAUAUUAACACGGUCAUCAAGUUAGCCACAGAAAUACUGUAGCAUUCUGUAAACGUCUAAGGGUUUGUUUUCAAAGUGGUUUGUUCUGCAC